CUCUUCACUUGAGUCUCUCGGCCUAUUCUAACAUUGGAUCCCUGCAGGAAGACCAGCCCCCAGCGACCUUAAACUACAUUUCCCAUGAGACAAAGGGUUUGGGCCUCCUGCUUCCCUUGUGACCAAUAACCAAUAGGAGACUCCGCAGCGGCCACCUUGCGAGUGAGAGUCUAGCCUUGGAUCUGAGAGCCUGGCCUAGGCCUGCUAGUGCAAGGCGGAGAGUUCUGAGGACAGUUGCGCAGCGUUGGGUGUCAGAAGAGCAGCCGCGCCUGCCUGAUUUUCCGCGGCUGUAUAUGGAGUAAAGCUUCCGUAGCCGGGGAGCUGGAGGAGAACCCGAACUGAGAUCAAUUCUUGGAGAACAGAAAGAAGUGCGGUGGUAUGUUCCAGGAUUGAACCAGCUGCCCUUUGACCCUGCUAGCAACAACGAACCCUUGCAGUUUGGUGGUGCCAGUGGCCCUCUGGUCACAGAAGGCAUCAUUGAGAAUGGAGGGGAAUCGAGCAAGAAAAGAAAGAGAACAAAUACUCCUUCAGCUGAUAAUAGAACUCUGAAUGUGGACUCUACCGCUAUGACACUUCCUAUGUCUGAUCCAACUGCAUGGACCACAAUGAAUAAUCUUGGAAUGGCACCGAUGGGAAUUGCUGGACAACCAAUUUUACCUGACUUCGAUCCUGCUCUCGGAAUGAUGACUGGAAUUCCACCCAUAACUCCAAUGAUGCCUGGUUUGGGAAUAGUACCUCCACCAAUUCCGCCAGAUAUGCCAGUGGUGAAGGAGAUCAUACACUGUAAAAGCUGCACACUCUUCCCUCCAAAUCCGAAUCUUCCACCUCCUGCAACCCGAGAGAGACCACCAGGAUGCAAAACAGUUUUUGUGGGUGGCCUGCCUGAAAAUGGGACAGAGCAGAUCAUCGUGGAAGUAUUUGAACAGUGUGGAGAGAUCAUUGCUAUUCGGAAGAGCAAAAAGAACUUUUGCCACAUUCGCUUUACUGAAGAGUAUAUGGUGGACAAAGCCCUUUAUCUGUCGGGUUACCGCAUUCGUCUGGGCUCUAGCACUGACAAAAAGGACACAGGCCGGCUCCACGUUGACUUUGCGCAGGCUCGAGAUGACCUGUAUGAGUGGGAAUGUAAACAGCGCAUGCUAGCAAGAGAGGAGCGCCACCGCCGAAGGCUGGAAGAAGAAAGAUUCCGCCCACCAUCCCCACCCCCUGUGGUCCACUAUUCAGAUCACGAAUGCAGUGUUGUUGCUGAAAAACUGAAAGAUGAUUCCAAAUUCUCUGAAGCUGUGCAGACCUUGCUCACCUGGAUCGAGCGAGGUGAGGUGAACCGUCGCAGUGCCAACAACUUCUACUCCAUGAUCCAGUCAGCCAAUAGCCACGUCCGCCGCUUGGUGAAUGAGAAAGCUACCCAUGAGAAAGACAUGGAAGAAGCAAAGGAAAAGUUCAAACAGGCCCUUUCUGGAAUUCUCAUUCAGUUUGAGCAGAUCGUGGCUGUGUACCAUUCCGCCUCGAAACAAAAGGCCUGGGACCACUUCACAAAAGCCCAGCGUAAAAACAUCAGCGUUUGGUGCAAACAAGCUGAGGAAAUUCGCAACAUUCACAAUGAUGAACUAAUGGGAAUCAGGCGAGAAGAAGAAAUGGAAAUGUCUGAUGAUGAAAUAGAAGAAACAACACAAACAAAAGAAACUGAGGAAUCAGCUUUAGUAUCACAAGCAGAAGCUCUGAAGGAAGAAAAUGACAGCCUCCGCUGGCAGCUUGAUGCCUAUCGUAACGAGGUAGAACUGCUCAAGCAAGAACAAGGCAAAACCAACAGAGAAGAUGACCCAGACAAGGAACAGCAGGUGAAACUCCUGCAACAAGCCCUGCAAGGAAUGCAGCAGCAUCUCCUCAAAGUCCAAGAUGAAUACAAAAAGAAAGAAGCUGAACUUGAAAAAGUCAAAGAUGAAAAGUUGCAGGCGGAGAAAAUGUUGGAAAGUCUCAAAGAAAAGGAAGGCAGUGCUUCUAGGCUGUGUGCCUCAAGCCAGGAGAGUGAGUACCCUCUUGAGAAGACCCUGAACAGCAGUCCCGUCCAAUCUGAACGUGAAGCACUGCUAGUGGGGAUUAUCUCCACAUUCCUUCACGUUCACCCAUUUGGAGCAAGCAUUGAAUACAUCUGUUCCUACUUGCAACGUCUUGAUAAUAAGAUCUGCACCAAUGACGUGGAAAGUCUCAUGGGUAGACUCCAGCAUACCUUCAAGCAAGAAAUGACGGGAGUUGGAGCCAGCCUGGAGAAGAGGUGGAAAUUCUGUGGCUUUGAGGGCUUGAAACUGACCUGAAUCCCUUCACCUAGCAACUUGGGAUCCUGAAAAUAAAUGUGUGUUGGGCAACCGUAGAACGUGAUUUAUAUUUUCAAUGGUUUUCAAGUAGAGGUUGCUUUAACUUUAUCAAUUCAUUCCUGAGCUAUCUUUUGGGUUAAAAUAAGGAUCCUAGAACAGCACCCUGAGCUACAGGCCCUAAAAAAGAAAUUGACUCAAGCCUCAAGUGCUGUAACUUCCUCCCCUUUUUGUCAAUUGGUGGUCCUUUUUUUUUUUUUUAGUAGUAGUGAAAAAGUCCUGAGGCUAAAGAGUGGAGUGUUUUCAGUGUCUGUACUACUGUUGUAGAUUUUGCUAUUUUUAAAACACUGUUAGCUGAAAUGUUUUGAUGAUUGAUAUGUGAUUUGUGUUUCAAAACGUCUCUUCACAUUGAUGUGCUACUGGUGAAAGGAAUGAGGGGAGCGCUAGGUACUCUGUAUCACUGACAUUGUCUUUCCAGUGCCCAGUAGGCCAGUAAAAGAAAAACACAUCAGUGUCUUCGAGAAGAUGCUUGACCAUGUUCACCUUUUAAAAGACAAAGCAUGGUUUGUGGCUUUUUGUUCAAUUACUAUGAACCAAACGUUGACAAGUGUUCUCAAGUUAUUUUCUCUAAUAUAUCAGAUAAAAUGUCUAUUUCAGAAUUUUAAAAAAUAAAUCUAGACAUAUUCACAGAAAGUAAGUAUCUGGUAUGACUGGCAUGUGUCCAUGCUCUUCAGAAUCACCUUGUAAAUAGUCUGCUUUUAAAGGAGGGCAUGUUUAAUUUUCUGUGAAUUCACACACACACACACACACACACAUUAGCAGAAGAGAUUUAUUUUAAUACCCUUUCCCCUCUGGCCAACUGACAAAGUCUCUUGGUCCCUUUUCUUCUGCUGUCAGUGUGUUGAAUUGCAAACCAUGUACUGCUGUAAAUACUACAUUUACUUCGUGCUGAAUGUUUGCAAAGAGUUAUAUGAGUAUUAAUAGAAAACUCUUAGUAAUUAAUAAAUAACAGGCCUGGGUGUGUGAGGCUUCCUGCAAAUAGGUCAGCUCCACCUAGCGUGCUGGUUGCCGGGGCGCCUCCAGUUGGGCGGUGCCCAUUAGCAGAUUGCAAUGGCAGAGUGAGUGCACCAGGCAGAAAAUUCUGCUUGGUGGAAAAGAAAGGGAAAGUACAGAGGUUUGGAGGUCAUAUCCCAAGGUGGAGUUGGUCUUUUUUUUUUUUUAAUUUUUUGGUGGUGGUACUUAUAGUAAUGCAAGCACGCCCUCCCUUGAGUUCAAGAAAAGAGAAUGUACUAAGUAAGCAAAACCAGUGGAGAGCAUUUCAGGAAAAUGCUUUGUAAAUGUGACGUCAGUAGUGUUCAAAGUUGUAUUUUUAAAAGAUAAAUAUUCCUUUUUUAUACCUUAGUUUUGUGUUCUGUAUUGAAUAACUUGCUAUCUGUGUAAUCCUUUAAUAGAUCAUCUCAGUUUAUUCCUUUGGGUUACCAGUAUGUUAGAAGAAGAUGUUAAACCUUCUGCCUUGACAACUAGAAAUAGGGCUCCAUGGCAGCCCAUUCAUGCUGGAAGUUAGCUUCUGCCUCAAGCCCCUGGCUGUGGCAGCAGCAGGAAGCUGGGGUUAUUUUUACACUGAAGCUUCUCUGUCACCAACUCUACGGAAGGCUUGGAUCCCUCCCUCUCAGGGGCUCCUGGAAUGCCUUGUUUUACUAAUACCUAUGAAACCAAGGGAAUUUUUCCACUUGCCAAUUAUUUCUUAUUUAAAUAUGUUCAAUAAAAUGAAAUUUUAAAGCAACAACUGCCACACCCAAACACCUUGCUCUCCUUCCCUUUAUCUGCUGGUACUACAAAUUGUUUGUUUCUCUGAUUUCUGCUAGUUUGGUCCAGGUGUACUUCUGCCAGCCUGCUUGAAUAUACCAUCGCAGAGUUGUUAUAAAAAUAGAAUAGGUUUGCAUUAUAUCACAUAAUCAAAUUGCAGCACAUACCAUCUCUCACAAUCCUUUCCAUUCACUGUAGAAAUCUAUUAAAGAAGCUAUUUUUCCUUACAAGUUCCCAGUGGUAUUUAUGGUUCUCUUGUUCCUUCAGAAUUCUGAAAUCUUAACUGUUUUGUUAUUUUUAUAAAUAUAGUAGUCAAUUUUUCCCUGAUAAUAAUUAACAGAAGAAUUCUUUUAUUUUACAAAUGUUGUUUUGUCUCCCUUCCUAGUCCUGUGACAUCUCCAGUUCUGGUUUUUCAGUAUUACCAAGUUGCUUGUUAAAUUAAACAGCACAACACCAACAUUGCCUCUAUAAUCUUCAUCUAUGAUGCCAGCAGUCUUCAGUGCAAAUGAAAGUUAUUUCUCAGAGAAAAUUAGACAUAUCUGUGUUCAAGUUAUAUAGAGUUUUUUUUUUAAUUUAGGCUAAAAAUGUAUCAUUUUCACAUAAUGCAGAAUAAACUGUAUUAUUUGAGAAGACAGGGAGAUUCACAAGACCUUUUGACUCACCUGGUAGAAAUGUGUGAGCCCUUGGAGUCCUCAGCUGUCCUGGACAGUCCAUCAAAUAGACCUUGCUUAACUUUUUACCACAAUUGCCACCAUCUGCUGAGCACCUAUUGUGCCAUAAUGCAGCCCCAAAUCACUUCCUACCUGUGGCUUUAGGCAGGUUACAUGGAUACAAUGAGACCUUCAAUUUCCUUAUAGCUAAAAUUAAGGAGAAAUAGUACCUACCUCACAGAAUGGCUGUAAAGAUUCCAUGCCUGGCCUAUAGUGAGUCUAUAAUAAAGAGUUAAGGUCAUUUUAUAUAAGUGAUGACCCUACCCUUAUCUAAAAAAAUGGUUUUUGUGUUUACACCUAGAAUUGUGGUGUUAUAUCACGUUGCUGAGGCUUAAGAAAUGAAAUUCAACUGUUCAAGUGUAUCACAAACAUUUACUUUGUCCCAGACACUCUCCUAGGCACUGUGAGAUACAAAAGGAGUAUGGCUGGCCCUUGUCUUCAAGAAGCUAGAAGGAUAGGCUUUAGAACACUGAACUUAAAUCCUUCAGCCAAAAACCAUAAAAGCUCAAAGUGAAAACGUUCAGUGUUGCCCAACUACCAAUGGUGUGGAUAAGGCGGUAAUGAUGGCUUGCUCUUGAGACUUGAAGUAUUAUUUUCUGGGCCCCAGGCACCCCCCACCCUGCCCCCAGGGGGUUAUGAAAGCAUGGUCCAUGAAAGGUCCAUGAAAGCAUGGUCCUCGUUUGUCUUGUUAGCUGCCACAUCCUCAGAAUCUGGUGCAUUGUAGGUGUUCAGUAGGCGUUUGUUAAAUGAUUGUGAAGCACUCCAUACAAAGUACAUUCUUAAUGCACUAAUAGUAAAAACUAACAUUGAUUAGUGAUUCCUAUUUACCAGGAAAGGUACAUAUAUUAAGUUUUCUUACAACGUUGAAAGGUAGGUGGUAUUAUUCUAUAUUCCACCAAAGACUCAGAAAUGCAAUUUGCUUAAGGCUGUAAGAGACAGACGAGAUAAAUCUUGGUUUGUCCAACUCAAUCUCAAAACUGUACUGCUAAUAUCUUACUUUCUAAUAUUUUACUUAACCUGUAUCAACCAGAUGGGUAAGUAUUGUUAUAAACCCCACGUUAUUCAUUGAAGUGCCAUUAUAGGGCACCUGAUAUAUGCAAGUCUUGCUGAUAGAAAUUUAAGGCUGAAUAAAACAUAACCUCAACCCUCAAGCAUUUACACUCUG